AGGAAAUAUUGGCUGGGGGAUUACCGGCCAUUUCCUUCAGCUGUGACAUCAGAUGGGAAUGAAAACCGUCUCCUCUCCAAACCUUGACCACUCCAGUCUAGGUGCUACAAGGAACUGCUGUUUUUCUUUCACUUUCGCCUCUGAGUACUGUGUUGUGUGAGGACUGCAGAGGGAGGGGACUACGGGCCUCAAUAGCUCUUCCGGGAAGAAGAGUUUGUCUGUACGUGAGAGCUGCACUUCCCUGACAGUGGACUCUGGCCGGGGGACGUACUGAUUUCCAGGAAGAUGAAUAGCAGCACCAGUAGCACCAGCAGCACUCAGGAGCUUGACUCUCCAAGUCCACUUUGCCAUGAGGAGAGCUUCCACACACGGACUGAAUGUAUCAGCAGCAACUUACAAGUCAUACCAUAUCACAAGCUUGUCGACCUCCAAUUUAUCAACAAGGGAGCCUAUGGGACCGUGUACAGCGCCUUACAUUCCGACUGGAGGACACGAGUUGCUGUAAAGUUCUUUCCAAAAGAGCGCCAUCUAGUGGAUAGAGAAAGAAAGAAAAUCUUAAAAGAAGCAGAAAUUUUGCACAAAGCCAGAUUCAGCUUUAUACUUUCAAUCAUGGGAAUCUGUAAUGAGGAAGAUAACAUUGGGAUAGUGACAGAGUACAUGCCGAACGGAUCACUAAACCAGCUGUUACACGAGGACAACCCCUCUCCAGAGAUUGUGUGGCCCUUAAGAUUUCGUAUCCUUUACGAGAUUGCAUUGGGAGUGAAUUUUCUGCAUAAUAUGACCCCUCCACUGCUCCACCAUGAUUUAAAGACACCAAAUAUUUUGCUGGACAGUGAAUUUCAUGUGAAGAUAGCUGAUUUUGGUUUUUCACAAUGGCGCAAGUUGUCACUGUCAGUAAGUGACCAGAAUUCAACAGGAGGCACCAUUAUUUACAUGCCCCCAGAGAUGUAUGAGCCUAACAUCAAAAACAGCCGAGAAAGUGUUAAACAUGAUAUGUACAGCUAUUCGAUUAUUAUGUGGGAAGUUCUCUCAAGAAAACAACCAUAUGAAGAUGCUGUAAGUCACAUGCAGAUCAUGUACUGUGUAGCAAAUGGCAGAAGACCAGACACGAGUGAGGAAAGCCUGCCGUCUGAUAUUCCCCACAGGGACCUAUUUGUAACUUUAAUGCAGAGUGGAUGGGCCAGUGAUCCCAAUGAGAGACCUGCUUUUCUAAAAUGUCUAUUGGAACUUGAGCCUGUGAUUAGAAGAUAUGAUGAUAUCUCAAUACUGGAAGGGAUAUUGCAAAUAAAAAAAACAAGAAACAAUAUUUCAUGUAUCUCAACUCCAAGUCAUCCUGUGGAAGAAAAUAUACAUCCAUUUAUCUCCGUGCAGAACACUUGUCAGGUGCCCAGCCAAGAGUGUACUACCAUUGUCUCCAAAUUGUCAUGUUCUCCAGAUGAGAAAGAAAUCAUAAGAUGGAAACCAAGUUCUGAUCGUAAGCCAACAGACGAAGUACCAUUUCCUAACAGUUAUACAGGUACCUUGGUAGAUCCUGAACAAGAGUCACCCUCUACAACGCAAAUGUGGAUCCAGCAGAAACGAGAUCAGAUCAUAAAUCAAAUGACGGAAGCCUGUCUGAACCAGUGCCUGGACGCUCUCAUUUCCAAUCAUUUAAUUUUGAAAGAAGAGUAUGAACUGAUAAGAUCAAAGGAUACGAGGUGCGCAAAAGUCAGAGAGCUUAUUGACACCUGUGACUUUAAAGGAGAAGGUUUCGCCAGGAUUAUUGUGCAAAAACUAAAAGAAAACAAGCAAUUCGGCCUCCGGCCAUUUCCAGAAAUAUGAGAGAACUGUCAUAUAAUGUUUUUUGUCACAUGUAAAUGAAUGCACUGUAAAUAUACAUAUGCUACCAGAGCAGGUAAAGUCACUGCUAGACAUGUAAGUGGUUAUCCAAUGACUAAUGUAAAAAGUGAAAAUCAGACAUCAUAUAGUACAUGACAACCUCUUUCUAACAAAGCUAGAACCAGCCCUGUACCUCACAUGGAUCCAGAGAUCUGCUCAUUCAUUGCUCUGCUAGAUUUAUAUCAAGCUGGCAGCUCAAGGGGAGUGUCUUUUCUGCUGCAGCUAAGGAGGCGUGUCCAUAUUCCCCCUAUCACAGGGUAGGAGGCGUGUCUCAGCUCUCCGUAUCACAACUCAGGAGGCAGUUGAAGAAUGAAACUGAGCAUGUGCGGCCUUCUCAGUGAGCAGAUCAACCACUGCAGGUGGCGCUAUACAGAUAUUUAUUGAAUAGGUCAGUGGCUAUGCUAAAUAUUUAAUUACAUGUAGUUACAAAUGUAUUCAGAUCCAGGUGCUGGUUUAAAAACUGUAGAAUAUUUUUCAUGGGACAACCCCUAUAAAAAGCACCUACCAGCAGGAUCAACUUCAGUUCUAAAGUUUCUGAGGGAAAAAAGGCUUUUAUUCUAUACGCAAAUGAGAGUUUUUGUGCACCUCGUUUCCUCAGCUUUCCAGUGCUGGCCAUGCAAUGAAUGUGACGAGCAGUUGUAAUUACACUGCACCGACUCUUUAAAGGAGACGACACGCAGGUGUUAUUGAAGCUGAUUUACAAAAGUUUCUAUGAAUUUUUCUAUGCUGAAAAUUAGGGUUAACUGCUCUGUUUACAAUCUGACCUAAUUUAGUACCAUUCACUGGAAUACUAUACACCAAUAGUAGUUAAAGGGGGUUAUCCCAUCUUAGGCAAUAGGGGAAUAUCGCUAGGAUGUGCCCCCAUUGUCUGAUAGGUGCGGGUCCCACCUCUGGGACCCACACCUACAAGGAGAACGGAGUCAGGGAGAGUUGUGGCUGGAUGUCCACCACCAGGCGCAGCUCCCAGCCUCUCCCGUUCAAGUGAAGGGGAGCUCACCACGCAUGCGCUGCCACCACUCCCAUUCAUUUCUGAGGGGCCGACGGAAAUGGCGGAGCCAGCUAUUUUCGGCGGCUCCAUAGAAAUUAAUGGAGGGUGGCUGCGCAUGCGCACUGCGCCCUCCUCAACUUUCUCUGCUCCGUUUUACUUGUAGGUACGGGUCUCAGAAGUGGGACCCGCACCUAUCAGACAAUGGGGGCAUAUCCUAGCGAUAUGGGAUAACCCCUUUAAUGUGCCCAAUACAUUACACACUGAUGUAGCAGCAUUUGCCAUUAUUACUUUGCUGUAAAUAUAUUUGAUAUUUAUGUGUAAAAAGGAUCAGAAUAGGUUUAUUUCCUGAUAUCAUGUGACAUGCCAUAGGCAUACAGGAGCUUACAUUGCCCAUAGAAUUUCACUGUAAAAUGGAUAUGUCCGCCAUAUGCUUCGGGAGCUUUCCUGAAACUAGGGAUACUGAGAAUAUGGAACACUGAAUAUAAUUAUCUAUUUUUUGCUAAUUAUUUUCACUUAACAGUUUCAGUGCAUGUACGCCAAUAUUCGUACUUAAAAUAAUUGCAUAAUAAAACAUUUUGGAAACAUU